UGGCGCUGCUGCUCCUUCCCGCGACGGCAGACGGGCAGCUCCGAGCCGGGCGGGGGAAAGCGGCGGACCCACUCCUUGCUGCUGCUGCUGCUGCUGUUGCUGCUGUCACCGGAGCCGCGCAGCGCCAUGGUCUCCUGGAUCAUCUCCAGGCUAGUGGUGCUUGUAUUUGGCACUCUUUAUCCUGCGUAUUACUCAUACAAAGCUGUAAAAUCAAAGGAUAUUAAAGAAUACGUAAAAUGGAUGAUGUAUUGGAUCAUAUUUGCACUCUUCACAACAGCAGAGACAUUCACGGACAUUUUCCUUUGCUGGUUUCCAUUUUAUUACGAACUCAAAAUAGCUUUUGUAGCUUGGCUGUUGUCUCCUUACACGAAGGGCUCCAGCCUCCUGUAUAGGAAAUUUGUGCACCCCACACUGUCCUCGAAAGAAAAGGAAAUAGAUGACUGCCUAGUCCAAGCAAAAGAUCGAAGCUAUGAUGCCCUGGUGCAUUUUGGGAAGCGGGGGCUAAAUGUUGCAGCCACAGCUGCUGUGAUGGCAGCUUCCAAGAUUUCCCAGCUCCCUCAGUUUCUCUUGUAUUUGGACCUGAAAGAAGGGCAGGGCCAGGGAGCUCUGUCGGAGAGGCUCCGCAGCUUCAGCAUGCAGGAUCUCACCACAAUUAGGGGAGAGAGCAGCAGCAGCACUGUGAGUCCACCUCCUCCUGCCCCCUCAGUUUCAGCGCGAACAAGUAGCAAGCAGAGCCACCCCAAAACGUCCAAAAGUGCAUCAGAAAGUAUUGGACGCUCAGUUUGUGCAUGUGGUUCGGUUUGCCGCAUUGUCCAAGUGGUUGAACUAGAGGUUGAGGCAGAGAGUGAAAGGCCACCUGAGGCAAACUGUGAACCAACGGAAGUUGUGUUCUCAGAUGAUGAAGAGAACGACUCAUUGGAUGGCACAUCCAAGGCUAGAACACCUAAAAAGAAGGAUCCCGUCAUUGAGGCACCGCCUAGGAGCCUUAGACCUCGUUUCAGGAAAAAAAGUACCUCAUCUUCGACCACUGAAACCAUGUGAGCGUGAUGAGCCAUUAGCACCGAGAUCCACGGAAUGUCUUUCUUCUGCCUUAAAAGAUCUACUCCGAUAAUAAUGUAGGGGGGAAAACAGUGGUGAGAUGGAUGUGCUUUUGAUAUGGCCUUUCUCGCUUCCCUUUCCGUUUGCUGUGGGUCCCCUGACCGUUUCUGUGGCACUGCAAACCCAGAAGGCAAAAGCAACCCCCCUGGAUUUCUUUGCAGAGUAGCAGUUCUUUCAGCUAUACUAGUGAGGCUGUACCGGUACAUUUGUAAUUACUCCUUACAUCAGCUUAGUUUUUAGCUCUGUGAGUGCAACCAGGAAAAUAAUUAUUCACCUGUUAUAAAUACUUGGAUCCAUCCUAUUUAUUUUGGGCUUCAUCAUGUAUAGAGUGGCAGGGGCCACAGAUUUUUCUACCCAAGCUUUCUCCAUCUUAUCUUUAUUACAGGACUGUGAAUGAUAUGACAAAUCAUGAAUUCUUUUCACUGUACAGGUGUUAGACAUGAGCUUAAUCGCCGCCGCCACCCUGUAAAUUUUAUUUAUUGUAACUCAGAUACUGUGUGUACUCCUGAAAAAAUAGAGCCAGAGGAUUUUAGAGAAGGAGGAACUCACAGAUGUGUGCACACACAUACACACAUGUACGUAUUAUCACAAAAUAUGGGAGCAGAGGCACUUUGCUUUGUCGACAGUGACUGGCUGAGGUUGACGUCCUAAGCAUAUUUACCCGGAGGAAAGUCAUGCUGAAAUCAAUCAGACUUUGUAAACAGAAUUAGGAUGGCAUUGUUAAGUAUGUUAUGCAUAAAAGAAACUAACAUUAUAACUCUUGGCCAACUUAAUGAACAUGCCUACAGCAUGCAGUCAUAAUAAAUGCUAGGAGGUAAACCAGAAUCACAUUAGCAAAGUGUGGGUUGGCCUAUGCGAAAGUCAGCCAUGUCUGCACAUGGGAUUUUAAUCCUAACAUUUUCCCACCAGGUAUGUAGGCAUUUCUUUCAGAGAAAGAUAGUGGAAGACUGUAACCAAACUCCUUCACGUAAUGCAAAGAUUUUGGCUGUAGUUAGCUUCACAAUAGUCUGUAGAUCCCACUGUGCGUUUGUAAUUUUAGAGAGGUACAAAAUGAGGAAACAGUACUAGGAUUUGUGUAUUUGUGCUUCAGAUUGGUGUCUCUUGUAAGUGUUGAGCAUGUAAAAUCUAAUUCUGUAGACAAUUGUAUGUGUUAAUUAGAAUAUUUAAUAUUGUAGAAUAUAAAAGAUCUUGCCACUGAGAUCAGAUGGGUAGAUUACAAAUGAUACUACUGACCUCCUUCAUGUGUAGCAGGGAUUUAGGUGGCUGUGUUUCAGGUUCCAAGAUUAGCACUAUGAAAUGUCUGUUAAAUAUUUUUGUUUUGGGUUUAAGAAUCCAUAUCCUAGCCUCCCUUCAUGCUUCUUAAUGUUAAUUUGGAACUUCUUAAAUUUUUUGUAAAGCCUUAAAAAUCCAACCAUUGCAUAAGCAUGUAUCAGCACGGUUACUGCUGUGCAAGAAAAUAAAAACAGAUGCCUCCAACAGUUACCAUAUUUGGAUCCGUUGCCAUUUCAGUCAACAAAUGAAUAAUUUAGAUGGCAGCUAGAAAAUAUUCAGUUGUUGCACAAAAGCUCGAUUUUGGGGGAGUUCAGCUAGCAUAUUUGUUGAGCAGUUUUUUUGAAGUCCGUAUACAUUCACGCACAGAAUUCAAAGUUGUCUGCGACAUCAGCAAAAUGACAUUAUCUUGCAAGCAGGUAACUUUUGCCAAUAUAUACCGCUAUGUGUGACAGAAUAAAAUGAAAAAGUGGCAAUUUUGUAUUUAAUUAUGCCAAAAAGACACAUUUGUAAAUUUAUCCUCAUAUGCUCAUUCUACCUAAAGCGAACCGAUGUCUAUCUGACCUGCUGUUUUACUGACAAGUAUGACUGUUCUGGACUUCCUGUUGUUUAGUGCUAAGGUGAAACUCUCUGAAUUGCCUUAUCUCUCAAAUUAAAUUCACUGUAAGAAAAAAAACCACUGGUAAUUGUGCUAAUCAAUCAGUUGAACUGUGUUAUCUGUGUAUAGAUCAGUGAGAAACAUGAAUGGCUAAGUAAGUGUAGCACUUAUGUUCCAUAUAUUUUUAAAAUCUGCAAUACAAUGGAAGCAGGUUGUUUGCAGCCUUGGCCGAGACAUGUGCAUCAAAACAUAUCAGCUUCUAGCAUUUUGAACACUCAAGACUUGUACUCUCUACCAAUUUACUAGGGCUAUCCAUUUUAUUUCCAGUAGAAGGCUCCAAUAUAAUUUUAUUUCAUGUACACAUUGGGGAUUAAUAUGUUCUACUGUCUUGCUUUGAUUCUCUAGUCUUACCUCCUCGGACCAAUACUGGGGGUCAGCUUUGCAUAGCCAACUUUAGCUUCCACAAUGCUGUUUCUGCCGAUUUUUGUUUUUGCGUUACAGAUGUAGAACAAUGGAACAGAGGUGGGCUUUGGUACUCUUUGGUAACAGGGCGUCCUGCAAGAGCCCCAGAUUUGGUGCCCCCAAGUAGUUCUUCUCAAUUUUGUACCUACUCGGCUCAUUGCCCUGUGUCGGGGAACUGCCUGCAUCACCCCAAAUCUAGUGCUACAUAGAAUUAUAGUGUUAGAAGGGACCCCAGGGAGAGAACAGUGAGCCACACAAGGAGCAAUGUAAGACUGUGGUUCUCCAGCACAAUACUGUUUCUGUUGCUACAAUUCUAGUACAGUAUUAUAAAGCUAUGGGGAGGGUUCCCAAACAUGUAACUGUAAAAUGUUCUUUAUUGUAGGAAAAUAGCCAACUUCACAAGAGAACAGACUAUCAUGGCUUAGUUGCGUAUGCCCACGUAUCAGUACUGAUCUAAUUACCAAAGUUUCUCACCCUUCACUAUUCAUGAGGAUAGACCAUAGCUCAACAGUUGAGCACAUGCUUUGGUUCCUUCUACCUGCAAGUUCCCGUUUCAAUCCCUGGCGGCUCCAGUUUAUGUUCAUGUGACAUACCUCUGCCGCAGACUCUGGAGAGCUGCUGCCUGCCAGUGUAGACAGCACUGAGUCUACUCUGGUAUGAGGCACAGGGUCAGACUAGAUGAUGCUCAGGGUACCUUUCAACUCUACAAUUCUGUGAAGUCAGACCAUUGGCCUAUCCAGCCAAUGGCUGGUGGCAGCAGAAAAAAAUAUUUUAUUUCAGUGUAAAUCAAAGAACUUCACCAGUCAGUUUUAAAACUAAAACACUGGGGGGGGGGGGGGAAUGCUGAACAUAAAGUUGGGAUGCUCUCUAGCCAGUUGUAAACAACCUGCUACCUUCAAGCUGUACUCUGCAAGAUAAUUGUACUCUUAAGUAGCUGAUACAUGUACUUGUGCCUAAAUGCUUGUUAAUUAGUCUCUUUUGCAGUUUUUUUUUUGCGAGUACCUGCUUUGCACUUGGCACACUAUUUGAAAUUGUCAAGAGCACUGUAUUUUAGAAAGUAACACAAGUAGCCAAUAUCUGAGGCUGGUAAUGGGUCACUUAAUAUUGUUUGUUUCCACUGAUCCAUAGCAAAGACAUGCUAGGCUAGAACGUUUAAAAAUGCAUUGUAAGAUCACAUACUACAACAGUAUUCCAAAGGUCAAUGUUUUGUUAUAAUGCUUGAUAUACAUCUUGAAAAUAAAGUCUUAAAUUUUUCUUUUAAAAA